CCAUGUCUGCGGUGCGCGCUCACAACAUCACUGACACCACCCCCAGUAGUGAUGUCACAACAGGUGUGAGCAGCAAAACCAGUCUGCAGCUGAACUUUGGCACGCCUGACUCCACAUGACAGGAAAUCACAGCAGGGUGAACGAUGCGGACCUCCUCCAUGAAGAGCGCUUUCCUGCUGCUGGGAAUUGGCGGCCUUGUUGUUUGCUUCGUUUUAUACAGAAGGUCCAGCAGUCCACAGGCAGCAGGUGGCAGCACUGAGACUCCAGGUGAGGACCAGGUGAGAUGGGAGCUCUACACUGAAGAAGCACAGGAGGAGAUGGUAGAAGCAGCAUGCUCCCUGAGAACCAUCGUAAGGAAGGAUCCUUUUCUCUGGAGGAGGUUCAACUUCUCACUGCCGGUGCUUCAGUGGGCUGGAAGUUUGACCAGAUCAUCCUGGAAGCAGCUGAAGAGCCGACCUCCUCCGUACGGCUGGAAGGGACUUCCUGGUAACGUCCUCCAGGCAAGCCUAUCCCUCCUCAACAGCUCUCGACUUUUUGAUCAGGGAUCACCGGGCAAGUGUGUCCGCUGUGCUGUGGUGGGAAACGGAGGAAUCCUCCGUGGAUCAGGGCAAGGAAGGAACAUCGACGACCAUGAUUUGGUCUUCAGGAUGAACGGAGCGGUGAUCAGAGGGUUUGAAGAAGAUGUGGGGACAAAGAUUUCGUUCUAUGGUUUCACCACCAACACCAUGAAGCACGCCCUUAGCUGGUACCGCUCUGACGGCUUCACCAGAGUUCCCCAGAGUCCGGAGAUCAAAUACAUCUUCAUCCCGUCAGACAUCAGAGAUUAUGUUCUGAUGGCGGCCACUCUUCGGGGUCAAACUGUUCCCUCAGGGAGAGACAAGGGAGACAGACCCUGGACGUAUUUUGGUCACAAACCACCUGGAAACUUCAGGAUGCUCCACCCACAGUUCAUUUCCUACCUGACCCACAGUUUUCUGACGUCUCCACUGAUGACCUACAGACAGACUCGUGACAUGUACAUGCCGAGCACUGGAGCUCUGAUGCUGCUGACGGCCUUACACACCUGUGACCAGGUCUCUGCCUACGGCUUCAUCACCAACAACUACGCAGACUUCUCCGAUCAUUACUACGACUCCGUGCCGAGGCCUCUGAGGUUCUUCGCCAACCACGACCUGCAGCUGGAAGGCCGCCUGUGGGAGGCGCUGCACCACCGGGGGCUGCUCUGGUUGUUCCAGAGAGGAGGAGGAGGAGGAGGAGGAGGGAGGUGAGGAAGAUUUAUUCCUCCUCUGAGGAUGUGAAAACUGGAAAAAGGAAAUCUGUUGAGUGAAACCUGCAUGAAGCAGCGUCUGAGUGUGACGGUUUUACAUUUUAUCGAAUAACUGCACAGAAACAAGAGUUUAACUACUGGAAUCAAAAGAGAUUUUGUAAAUAAAGUGUUUUUUCUUAUC